AUGGCCCGUGUGUUAAGACAGCAGAAACCUCGCACUCAGGGCCCUAAGUCCGCUCGGGCCAGUCAAGCCACAACUCUCGCUGUGAAGCCGAAGACAAAACCUGAAAAGAAAUGGAAUCAAUACAACCAAUUUGCAACUCGCUCCCCUUUCCCCGACUUCCACCGUCCACUCGUCCAGGAUUGCAGAGAGGCCCACCGCAUUCUGACAGCCGCGCAUGGAGAUCGUGAUCCGACCGCUACAAACGCGAUGAAUGCCGAUGGACUAGAUCGUCCCAGCGUGUUUGCAGACCCAUUGGAUGGGCUCGUUUACGGCAUACUUUGCCAGGCCACCAACGAGCUGAAUGCUAUCCGACAAGUCCGAAGCAUGACAACCGAAUACGGGUCAUGGACAAAUUACGACAAGAUUGUGAAUGGUGGUGAAAUCAGACUUCAACGGGCAUUAGCCUGCGGUGGUCUUCAUCUCAGAAAAUCCAAAUUUAUCAUGUCUAUCUUGGAUCAAGUUAAAGCCAGACACCAUUCUUACACUCUCAACCAUCUCUGGUCCCUGGAAGACGACAAAGUCAUGGAAGAAUUUUUGAGUUUCAAUGGGGUUGGGCCCAAGACGGCUAGCUGUGUCCUUGCCUUAACCCUCAACAGAGACAAGUUUGUGGUAGACACACACAUCUAUCGCAUCACUGGCUUUCUGGGAUGGAGGCCGAUGCAUGCUACAGCAGAUCAGGCUCGUGCGCACCUUGAAACUAAGAUUCCCGACGAUCUCAAAUACAGUUUGCAUCUCUUGUUUAUCACGCACGGCCGAGAGUGUCCAGCAUGCAAGGCUGGAGCGAAAUCCACAGCCCAUUGUGAUCUUCGACGCGCACUGUGCGACCCGGCCUUAUCGAAGGAUGAGAAGCCUCACACCAUAUGA